UGGUCUCUAGGUUGUUGUAUGUUUGAAAUUUCUGCCCAUCAAGCUGCAUUUCGUGCUACGGAUAUGGCUGGGCUAAUCAACAAAAUAAAUAGAUCUACUAUAUCUCCACUUCCAACCAUAUAUUCUUCUACAUGGAAACGACUGAUUAAAAGCAUGCUAAGAAAAAACCCAGAACAUAGACCUACGGCUGCAGAGUUGUUAAGGCAUCCACAUUUACAACCAUAUAUUGCUAAAUAUCAGAAUUUGUCACCAGCAUUUGUUCAAGUAUGUUCUAAGAAGGAAGUUAAACAGAAUCCUGAUCAAACUCGCGAGAAUUCAACUUCCAAGUAUAUUAGACAAGCAAAAAAACAUGAGAAGGUUGUUGCAGUUGAUAGAGUUGUUCAUGAAUUCAAAGGUACUGAAUCUAACGUUCAGACAAAGAAAAUUGAAAAUUUGGAGAAUGAAGGACUCCAAACCAUAUCCGUCAAGAAAAGUGAAAGUACUAAUUCCAUAAGCUCUACAAGAAGUACCUUGACUGAUAAUACAAUUGAAGGUACAAUUCAGAAGAUUGAAAGGCAAACUAAGGGAAAGAAAGGUACAAAAUGCUUUUAUAAGAAAUCAGGAAUACCAAAACCAUAUGUUGAAGUUGCAUCACAUGCCAAUAAAGUUAGAGAAAAAGCCAUUCAUCAUCUAAGUACUAAUCAACAUACAGAAAAACGCAAUGGUCACAAACGAGCAUCGAGUGAUACUUCAGUAAUGAGCAAUGGAAGGGAAGAAGCAUUAGAGUCAUUACUUGAACUUUGUGCAGAGUUACUUAAGCAUAAAAAGCUAGAGGAAUUAGCUGGUGUGCUAAAACCAUUUGGUGAAGAAGUUGUUUCUUCUAGAGAAACAGCAAUAUGGUUGACAAAAGGAUUAAUGAAUCUCCAAAAACCAAGUGAAGAAGCUUAGAGUGCCUCCUAGUUUCUUGGGAUUUUUUUUUUUGUAAUA